AUGGCAGCUAGUACUUGUCUCCUCUUCUUUGUGCUCAAUUUGUGCCUUAGAGGCACUUAUGGGGACUAUGGAGGGUGGCAAAGUGGUCAUGCUACUUUCUAUGGUGGGGGUGAUGCUUCUGGGACAAUGGGAGGUGCUUGUGGGUAUGGCAAUUUGUACAGCCAAGGUUAUGGUACUAACACUGCAGCACUUAGUACUGCCCUAUUCAACAAUGGCUUGAGCUGUGGUUCUUGUUAUGAGAUGAGAUGUGACAGUGACCCCAAAUGGUGCCUCCCUGGGUCCAUCACCGUCACAGCCACUAACUUCUGCCCCCUAACAAUGCCUUGCCUAAUGACAACGGUGGCUGGUGUAAUCCUCCCCUCCAACAUUUUGACAUGGCUGAACCAGCUUUCUUGCAAAUUGCUCAAUACAGAGCUGGAAUCGUGCCAAUUUCAUUCAGAAGUUAAUCAGGUCCCCUGUGUCAAGAAAGGAGGAAUAAGGUUUACCAUCAAUGGGCACUCUUACUUUAACUUGGUGUUGAUCACAAAUGUUGCUGGAGCAGGAGACAUCCAUUCAGUGUCAAUCAAGGGGUCUAAGACAGGGUGGCAAGCUAUGUCAAGGAACUGGGGCCAGAACUGGCAAAGCAAUUCAUACCUCAAUGGCCAAAGCCUUUCUUUCCAAGUCACCACAAGUGAUGGCAGGACUGUGACUAGCUACAACGUUGCGCCAGCGGACUGGCAAUUUGGCCAAACAUUUGCAGGUGGCCAAUUCUAG